UUUCGCCCGCAUUGUGAUAGAGUUUUAACUCUUUAACCUUAAAAUCAUCUUUCUCUCUCUUUCUCUGAAAGACGUCCUCUUUCUCAACAUACUUCGCGUCCACGUCGUCUAUGGUGUAGGGUAUAGCGGAGUAAGCUCCGUUCUCAAAUUUCUGAUCUUCCCCUUGCUCUUCGAAGAGAGCAAGACGACGGCCAUGGACCGGGAGGGAGGAUCCAACGGAUCUUGCUACUACUCGGUGCUCGGGAUCCGCAAGGACGCCUCCUUCUGCGAUAUUCGUUCUGCUUAUCGCAAGCUCGCCAUGAAAUGGCAUCCGGACAGGUGGACGAAGAACCCGGCGGUGGCCGGAGAAGCGAAGAGCCGGUUUCAGAAGAUUCAGGAGGCGUACUCGGUGUUGUCUGACGAGGGUAAGAGAUCAAUGUACGACGCUGGCGUCCUCGAUCUCUUUGACGAAGACGAAGGAAUGGGAGAUUUCAUGUACGAUCUGCUGAAGAUGAUGGACAAGAACAAAGUCACGGGCGAGGAGGAGAGUUUGGAGGACCUGCAGCGUAGCUUCAUGGAGACGUUCGGUGCCGAUCUCGCCGGCUACUACGGGACCGAAUAUCCGACGGCCAAGAAGCGAUCGCACGACGGCGCGUCCAGCGCGAAAGCAUCGAAGCGCACCGGAUGCUCCCGUUGCUGAGGAGCCGCGUCGUAGGGUAAAACUGCCCCCCCCCCCCCUCCUCCUCUCGUGUACCAUUGUAGUUAGGAUAGAAGGGGGAUUAUGGGAAGAUUUGGGGGGUAAUUUAGGUAAAAUUUAACAUGGCUCCGGUCCUUUCAAGACUUGUAGUAAAAAGCAAUUGGCAAUUAUGGAUGGCCUCUUCGUUCUUCCUUUCCUUUGCGUAAUAAAGCUUCUCUCCUUAUCGCCGCUUCCAGA